UUGGGUGAACGUCGACCUGCUUUUUUAAAACUUUACUACUUUUCUGUCGUAGAAUGGAAAACGCACGGCAGCGAGUACUACGAGUGCUCGAGAUAUAAGGAGAACCCGAACAUCGCCAACGAAACGGUCCACGUGAAAGCGCGGGUGGCACUCGAAAAGUAUCUUUUCUAUUACGAACGAUGGGAAAAUCACCGGAAGAGCUUGAAGCUUGAACAGCAGCUUUUCGCCCGAAUCCGACAGCGAAUCGAAGAGAAGGUGAACAAGCACCAAGGUACGUGGAUCGAUUGGCAGUACCUGUACGAUGCCGCGUCGUUGCUGACCAAGUGUCGAUACACUCUUCAGUACACCUAUCCGUAUGCGUACUACAUGGCUUCAGGGCCGAGGAAGGAGUUGUUUGAGUAUCAACAGGCACAGUUGGAGCACGAGAUCGAAAACCUGUCAUGGCAAGUUGAGAGAUCCGAAACGACUGACAGAGGGGUAAUGGAAAAUCAAAUGUACGUAGCUGAGACGAAACGCAGGACUCUGCUCAAGGAUUUCGCCUGA